CAGCGACUGCCGAGCCUCAGAGAAUAAAGCACACCCGCCGGUGGGAAAAUAGGCUGCGUUUGUGAUACUGUGUAGCUAACUAGGCAGAUAGUUAACGUUUGGCACUAUCUAUAAUUAAAGUCGUUGUCUUUGAGGAAAGAAACCGGAAAAGUUUCCUGGAUAGCUGUUCAUUGUGGUCGCAGCCCGUUAGCUAAGCUAAACCGGAGACGGGAUCUUAAUUAAUCCAGACGGGACCAGCCCCAGGAACCGGCAGCAGCAGUCAGUCACACCCUUGUCUGGGGUUAGUGGACGAACCCUGUCUGCGCAGCAACCUUAAAUUGCUACCCUUCACAUGUUACAUUGUUAUAUACAGAUGCAUGUUAGCCUCAGACUGCUGAAUUGGAGCUUCAGAGCAAUAUUGUGAGUGAACUGGGAAGUGUGGACUAGAUAUGACUGACUCAUCAUCAUGGCACGGGCAGAGGAGAUAACCCUGAACAGUCCGUCUGCUGCAGUGCCAACCAGACAGCCCCAUAACUAGCCAGACAGCUAAGUUAUUUACACAUCCAAUCGUUUCUAUUAUAUACUCCCCCUGGUAGUCAGCUUGGCAAUAUGAACACCCCGAUGUACACAUUUGUCACCCGUGACGACAACAGCACCAUUUAUGCAGAAGUUUCCAAAAUCCUCGUCUCGACUGGACAAUGGAAGAAGCUGAAAAGAGACAAUCCCAGAUUCAACUUAAUGCUCGGUGAACGGAACAGACUGCCCUUUGGACGUCUUGGUCAUGAACCAGGACUGGUGCAGCUUGUGAAUUACUACAGAGGAGCAGACAAGCUUUGCAGGAAGGCAUCCUUGGUCAAGCUAAUAAAGACCAGCCCGGAGCUGUCCGACUCCUCUAACUGGUUUCCAGAAUCCUACAUCAUCUAUCCCACUAACCUCAACACCCCUGUUGCUCCAGCUACAAAUGGCAUUAGUCAUCUGAAGAACAAUCCCAAGACAGAUGAGCGUGAAGUUUUCUUGGCCUCUUAUCACUCUAAAAAAGAAAGUGGGGAGGGCACGGUGUGGAUAGCCAAGUCUUCUGCUGGAGCUAAAGGUGCUGGUAUUUUGAUAUCCCAUGAUGCUAACCAGCUGCUGGAGUACAUUGAUAAUCAGGGUCAGGUUCAUGUUAUUCAGAAGUACCUGGAGAAACCUCUGCUCCUGGAGCCGGGACAUCGGAAGUUUGACAUCAGGAGCUGGGUGCUAGUGGACCAUCAGUACAACAUCUAUUUAUACCGGGAGGGUGUGCUACGGACGUCCUCUGAGCCCUACAACAGCUCUGACCUCCAGGACAUGACCAGUCACCUCACCAACCACUGCAUCCAGAAGGAGCACUCCCUGAACUACGGACGAUAUGAGGAGGGGAAUGAGAUGUUCUUUGAUGAGUUCAGGCUGUACCUGCUGAACACUCACAAUGUCACCCUGGAGAGCACCAUAUUACCUCAGAUCAAGCAGAUCAUAAAGAGCUGUCUGACAUGUAUUGAGCCGACAAUCAGCACCAAGCACCUGUCCUACCAGAGCUUCCAACUCUUCGGGUUUGAUUUUAUGGUGGACGAGAGCUUCAAAGUGUGGCUCAUUGAGAUCAAUGGAGCUCCAGCCUGUGCACAGAAACUAUACUCAGAGCUAUGUCAAGGUAUCGUGGAUGUGGCCAUUUCCAGUGUCUUCACCCUGAACAGCGGCGGUGACUCCUCAUCUGCUUCCUCUUCACCUUAUUCCUCCUCCCCAUCCUCCACGUUCUCCACCAACUCGUGCUCCUCUCCCAAACUGAGAGGACCUCUUAACGUGGGCCCUUUCACUCGACUGUAAGCACACAAGCAAUUAUUCCCCUCGUCUCGUCAUAGCUUCUACAUCCUCUGUCCUCACUCCUAAACUCUGCCAGAGAAGUAGCACAUGCCAGCGAGCCGAGCCUUUAAUUGUACCUUCCCUGUCAUGCCUGGAGGGAGUCAUUCUUUCUAUGGAAAUCACUGAGCUGCGGAGAUGGUCUCUGCUCUCCUGAGUAUGCAUAAUAUGAAUGUGAGGACGGUGAUCAACGGAUGAAAAAACUUUUGGGGAGUUUCUGAAUGAGGACAGACAACCUUCCAUCCCAGUCCCAUCACCAGUUUCUCCACAAGCAGAUUAAUGGAGGUCUGAAGGAUGCAGAGACGCUCUAAAUGAGACUGUAGUGCCUUACAUUUUCAGCCACGCUCCCUUAAAAAGACUGCCAGUUAGCUUGCUCUGUUACUGUGACUUGUACUUGUUCUAUAAGCCUUUGCACUGUUGCUCAGUAAAGUCAAUGUGGUCAUGAUCAGUCCACAAGAAUUAGCAUAAAACUAAUUUCUUAAAAUUUGAGAUCUUAGUAAACGUGUCAUUUUGAAUGUCAAUUUUUUCACCAGACAUGUUUCUGUAGCCUGGGAAGCAGACAAAUCUGCAAACUCGUGUUUUAUUUGCUUGGGCAGAUGCUUCUGGUCCUUCUCCUGUUCAGACAGAUUUACAGCCCAGCCAACCUGGCCUGGGUCAAGCCAAUCACAGCCUUGUGUUUCAAACAAUGACUGACAACUUGCGCUUCAGGGCACGGUCACACACAUGAGCGAAUGCAGGCAAGUGACCAUCGCCUGCCAAAGUGAUAUUUGUGCCGAUUGUGUGCUAUGCCGGAUGUGACAAACACGGGAAGCUAGCUUUAUAGCUAAUGUUAGCUAGCUUGCUAAGAAAUACAGCGAAAUAUGGUGUUAUUGGUACAUCUUCCAUUUCCUUACGUUCAUGCCAGUUUCCCAACUCACUGCCAGCCAGGCAGCGUUUCUCAUGUGGGGCAGUAUCGGCUGGUUAGACAAAACAACAGUCAGUGCCUCCUCCACACUUUGUUUGCUACUGGAUGAGGCUGCGGCUUCGAAGGUCUCAGUUCACUAAAGUUGAACUGCUUUGCCAACAGAAGCAAGUUUAAUUCUCCCCUCAGCUCACAAUAAAUAGAAGUGAAUGGGAGGUGAAUAUUCACCAAUGUGACUGUGCCCUUUGGCAAAAUACGUGAUGAUGUAAUAAUUGGCUUGUGCACACUUGCGCGGCAGGUCUGUGACAGUGACCAUAAACUUAGCUUAUGAGAAGACGGCUGCAGCUGAUGUGGAACUUUCUGUUAACGUACUAUUUUUAAAUUCUAAUGAAAAAACAUGACAAUGCCAAACCAUCACAGCUUAUCUGUGCAUGCUGUAGUCUGUUUACAUUUGUUCAUUGCUCAGUGCUACGUCACGUUUCAUUGGUCUAACUAGAUCUAUCCAACUGUGUCCAGAGGCAUUUUGGUCUGUGGCCAGUGACGGCUCUUGGAAAUCAAAAACAAACUGAGAGGUUUCAGACUUGCAACUUGCAAUGCGAUUUAUUCUUGCAAGGUCAGGCUAACGUUUAUUAUUUCUUACCUUUUUUUAUUGCAGCUUGCCUGCAGCUAUCUGUACCCAUUAGUUUCAGUCAGGAAUGUUAAAAAUGAAGACAGUACUAAGAUAUUUAAACUUAGAAAGACUAAUGUACUAACCCAACGUGUCUGAUGAGCUGAACAUUCAAGAUGUCUAGGUUUACUUUGAAAAUCAACAUUCCUCUUAACUUGACCAUGUGGACACUACAUAUUAUUUACAUUCAGGGCAGCUGGGUGGCACGAGUGAACAGGGAGAUCGUCCUUCAUCUGGUAAACCCAGGUUUAAGUCCGUCCUGACAAAUGUUCCUCACCCCUGAGUAUUAGCCUACAUUAUUCAGUUCUUAACCUAUCCUUUACAAAAUAGUCCAUCUGAAGACAUGUUUGAUGUUUUAUUUGUCAUUUGAAGAGAGCAUGUUCGUGUGAAAGCAUGUAGUAGAAUGGAUCGUCAAAAAAGUCCCCACGGCACCUUUUGGCCCCGUUUGUAAAGAGCUGCCCACGUGUGUGUUUUAUCUCUGAUCUGUGAAAAGACUGUCAUUGUAAAGUGUUGUUAACACGUGUGUGGAUUAUGUUUUUGAAGUGUUGUAAUGAAGGUAGACUAGAUUGUACAGUGUGUGAAAGACCCCAUGAAAUGAAACUGACUGGACACGAUCAGUAUUUGUAACAUAACAGAGCUGAUGGAGACAGAAAAAAAACAAACGUACACUACUUCAUACUUUUUACACUAGUCUUGUAAAAGCAUACUGUGUCAAAUGUGUUAUUACCAAAGAAAACUCAGCUUUCUUUUCACUUUUAUCAGAGUUGCAUUUCAUGACUGAUUUUUUUGUUUGUUUCAUGGGGUCCUUGAAAUAUAUCAGUCCUUAAUUUUUCUUUUAAUCUUUGUUAAUAGAUGAGACUUUAGAUGUGACUUACAUCUAAUCUAUUUCAUGUUAUUGUUUGUUAGAAAGUAAUGUUUAGUUUAUCCUCAGACAUGAAACUUUAAAUUAGCUCAAAAAUUGUGACAGCUGCACGCUGGGUAGUGGAUUCAACUGUUGUGUCUCCAGGGGCUCAUUUUAGAGAAUAUAUAAUAACUAAGUCAUUAUUAUAGUCUCUGAUGAUGUUAAUCUCUGCUGUUCCUCUCUUUGAACCACAAUUCAAAUGUGUGAGGCUUUUUCUUCCCAUGUUGUGAGUGACAUAAGUUAAGGGACACCAUUGGAGCAUUAAUUUAUGUUUUUAAUCACUGUGUAUUUGUGUUUACAAGAUGACUCUGGGAACUGAAGGAUAUGUAAGUGGCUGAAGGUCAGACAGAUGGAGUCGUUACAGAGCAGUGUCAAGAGACUGAGUUAUUAUAAAGAUUAAUCCCAGUAACAUAUGAUGAGUCCGUUACUGUGAUGUAUUGGGGAGCCCUGAUGUAGCUGAAAUGAUGUUUGAAAGUUUGAAAAAAUGCCAGUGUUAGCAGAAAACUGGCAUUUAUAAUUGGUUUACUGUAUGAUUAUGUUGGCAAAUGGGUUACAUGUACGCUGAUUUUUAUUAAGUAUGAAAACCAAACUAUCAGUAUUUGUUUUAUUAAAUUUGUAGGGAAACGUCUUUCCAUCAAAGGGAAGGGUGCCUUAGAGGGAAUUGCAUAUUGAUAAAAAAAGAAGCAAUGGACCUCCAUCGUUUUAAUGCACCUUCAUUUGUUUGUAUCAAAGUGAUUUUGCCUCAUUCAUUAUACAUUUUAAAUUAAACUGUCAUUUUCUCAGUUUAUCAUGUUUUUCCUCAUAUUUUUCCUCAUCUUUACCAAAGAUCAAACUCCUGCUGUAUUUUCAGUGUCAGAUGAUGUUUUGUAGUUAAUCUGGAUGUUAUCACAUCAAUUGGCCAACAUGAUCCAAAAUCCGGUAUCAUAUUCAGAGGGAUGUCUGUGCUGUGUUUUUGUUAGGUGAUGUUUUAUCCAGACUCUUGCAUGAACAUUUGUCUUUAUCAGAACAAUACUACUAGAAUAAAAAAUAUUCCUAUUAUCAAA